UACACCACGGGUGCUGUUGAAUCAGCUGGAGCAGAGAUACAGGCGUUCUCUAUUCUCCUCCCCCCAUUAGAUUCUUCUCAAUAGUCUGAUCCCAAAAAGGAGGGGUGGACCGGGGAGUUAACUGGCAGCCAGCUGAUCUUUGCUGUGGGAGUCUGUGAGGGGAAAGAAGGAGACUGCGAACUCUUCGUUACUCAGCUGCGCCGAGAUAGAGGAAGCCGCGAGAGAACUCAACAUCAACAGUCGCAUGAGAGGAAGGAAGCAGUGAGGCUUUUGAGAUGAAAACAUGAAGCUCGGCUUCAAGACCACGUAAAGCAUUGCCUGCCACUGAGAAAAAACAUCUGCAAGAAAGGAGGAGAGAAAUAGAAGCAAGGGGAGACUGACUCACUUGUUUGGAUUCGCCCACAAGCUGUUCCUGUAGACACUUGGCGUGUCACCAGUAAGAGGUCGAAGAUGUCUUGGCUGUCACCAGUGCAGUGGGCCAAAUGGACCUGGUCAGCCGUUCGAGGAGGAGGGGAGGAAGAAGGUGAGAAUGGUUUGGGGAUGGACGACGAAGCCCUUCAAGAAGAGACACGAGAGGCUUUGCAAGGAGAUCAAGAGGACGAUGAAAGAUCACAUGGCUGCAGUUCGGACUCAGAAGGCCAGUUUGAAACACCUGAAGCUGAGACGCCUGUUCAUCAGCCAUAUAAAGAGCCAUCCACACUGGAUGAACCAAUCACAGAGAGCACAGGUUUCCCAGAAAUAAAUCAGUUGAGCUCCAUCACAGCCAAAACCCAGAACCUGACCCUGCACGAGAGUUUUCCUGAGGAUGCACCUGCCUUGGUGGUGCGACAGAGCAAUGUGGACCAAACCCCAACCCUGAAACUCAGGAACCAGCCUUCCUCUGCUGACAUGGAUAUGGAUCAACCCGAUCCUGCUGAAGCAGGAACAACAGAUGACACCAACAUCUGCAACGGUCACAUUAAAGAGCCAUCCUCAAAGCCACAGACCAAGUCCCUCAAGCCUAGACCUCCUUCCCUUAAGGUGAAGGCCCCACUGAAUGGAGUCGACCCCAACGAGGUGGAUGACGAUCCUCCGAUACUUCCAAAGGGGAGCUACAAAUUUGACCCUGAUCAGUGUGAUGAUACUAUAAAUCAAUUCGUGACUGAAGGGUCCAAGUUUCAGAACUCCUCACCUGCCAAUGCCAGUAUUCCUAAAACAGAGUUAAUGGACGAAAUGCCCGCUCAGCCAGUAAUGCUGGAGUUUGGACUUGAUGAUGCCGAAGCAAAGCGACCUCCACCCAAGAAGUCUGGAAAGAGGACAAGCAGCAAGCUGACUACUCCAAAAAAACUAAGACCAAAAGCUGCAGAGAACACAGCUCCACCACCGGAGACAUCUUCAGAACAAGACCAACCACCAUCUGAGAAUGUGGCUCCCAUGAGCGUUGAUGAUAUUCCUAUUCCUAAGAAAUCCUACAACUUUGACCCAAGUCAGUGGGAUGAUCCCAACUUUAAUCCUUUUGGUGGGAACAGUAAACUUAAUAACUCGCCAACACUUCCUAAAACAUCAUAUCAUUUCGACCCUGAUAACUUUGAUGACUCUAUUGAUCCUUUCAAGCCAUCAAAGACCUUCGGUGGAAAUGACACGAUUAAACCAACGACUGAGAAGCCUACGGACAAACACAAACCAGAGGGAACAGUGGAGCAGCGGAAGAAAGCAGCACAGUCUCAGAAGAAAAACACAGACCGGAUCAUCACGAACUCAUGUAAAGUAAAGAAGUAUGAGAAUCAGUCCUUAGUCCUGGAUGUCUGCAAUCAGGAGAAAGAUGUGCAGGAAGAUCCUGCAUCUAAACUGCCCCACCGUGUCCAUCACGCCACAGAUGAGGAGAAGUUAGCCUCCACUGUCAUGGGCCAGAAGGACGGGCCAGAGGAGUUUUCAGACUGCACCAAAACAACCAUCUGUACCAAGACUGCAGACGACCUGCCAGUGGGCAUAACAGACCAGUUUGAUGAGAAGGACCUUUCCUCUCCUAGCGAGAGUUUGUGUAAGAGUCAGACUCUCAGCUCUUCAGACAGCGACACCACAGUGAAGACGAGUCCAGGGCUGGAUUCGAUCCGUCUCAGUGAGAUAGACAAAGCAGCAGUGCUCACACUGAUCAGAGAAGAGAUAAUUGCCAAAGAGAUUGAAGCCAGUGAGUGGAAGAGGAAAUAUGAGGAGAGUAGACUGGAGGUCACUGAAAUGAGGAAAAUAGUGGAUGAGUAUGAGAAGACGGUCGCUCAAAUGAUAGAAGACGAGCAGCAAAAGAACAUAGGAUCUCAGAAGAGCGUCCACCAGUUAACUCUGGAGAGAGAUCAAGCCCUCGCCGACCUCAACUCUGUGGAGCGCUCGUUUUCUGACCUGUUCAGACGCUACGAAAACAUGAAGACCGUUCUCGAGGGCUUUAAGAAGAAUGAGGAAGUGCUAAAGAAGUGCGCUCAGGAAUACCUCACACGCGUGAGGCAGGAGGAACAACGUUAUCAGACCCUCAAAAUCCACGCAGAGGAGAAACUUGACAAAGCGAAUGAGGAAAUAGCUCAGGUGCGAUCUAAGGCUAACGCAGAGAGCGUGGCGCUGAACGCCGGCCUGAGAAAAGAGCAGAUGAAGGUGGAGUCCCUGGAGCGGGCGCUCGAACAGAAGAAUGAAGAGAUUGAAGAGCUUACUAAGAUUUGUGAUGAGCUCAUUGCAAAAAUGGGCACCACGGACUAAGAGGAAGGAGAACCCAGCCUGACCAAGAACGCCGCUGGAUCUCACAUUGCUUUUUUUUUCCAUUUUGGGAAGGAGCCACUUUUCCAGGCACUGGAAGAAACAAGAUAUGAGCUGAAGAAUCAAAUAAAAGAGUCCCAACUGUUUUACAGAUUCACAGAGUGCUGACGUUGGACUAUAAUAUGUUUCUUGGAGAGGGUGGGAAAAACCACCCACAUAUCUGAUUCUGAUGACUUUCUGCUGGCUGUUAUGGCAGCUGUGUGUAUGAGCGUUUGGGAGAGCCCUCUGGGUGUGUGUUCAGGUGGAACGAAAUAGACAUGGAAUGACGCUCACUGGCCCUGUUCGUAGUUUACAUGAUCACACUGCUGCUAUUUAUAAUGGAGGGAGCAAAUCAUAUUAUUUACAAUUUUAGCUACAUUACUUGCAUUGGAAAGUACUGUAACCUGUGUAAUUAUUUGGUUCUAUAUUAGAGGUCCUGAUACAAGUUGAAAAAUAUCCCAAGUUCAGUUCAAGAUCAGUUGACAGCACUGGUGGUGUGAUGUUGAUUACCAUGAAAAAGCAAAAAUCUGGGUAACAUUAAGCUACUUACUGUACAAUGGAAGUGAAUGUAGAUGUAAACAUUACUAUAUUCACUGUUUUAGUAAUGUAGCCACAAGAAGUAAACCAUACGCAUUUUACCAUGAUUUUAGUGUGAAAUUAGAUAAGCUUUUCUGUGUAUGGUUGAAAAUAAUUUUAUGAUUAUGCUGACAUGCCAACAUAGUCUUAAACCCUAAACCACCAAAAUGAUGACUUGAACAGCUUUUGAGCUCAAAUAAUAUUCAAGUUUUAACAGAAUAAUUAAUGUAAGUACUUUUAUGAAAUUUAUAAGCUGCAAAUUUCUUUUAAAUCGUCCCAAAAUUGCCCCAUUCGCUUUAAUUGUAAGUGCCUCACCAUUGCCUACAUUUUUGCUUUUUUCUAAAGAAAAAGAGGAACUAUUCAAUGACAUUUUAGUCCGUGUUCUGCCUCAAAUGCUGUAGUUUAACUUGAACCUGGAAUAUUAUUUCAUGGAGUAGCUUUUAGCAUAUUCAAAGCUUCUGUUAAAGAGAGUUUGUAGACGGUUGCAGAUCCAUCCGCUGUUUUCUUACUCUCUGUGUGCAUAGGUGCCAAAUGAUCUUAAUUUAUCAUAUAAAGCGAGCUCUGGUUUUACUAGAUGUUCUGAUGGGAUACUUAUUUCUAGCAAUGUGGUCAUAGUCAUCCAAUCAAAUGCUUGCUUGCAGAAUUUUACAACACAAAAGCAAACCUAACAGAAAGCCCUUAAACUUUCUUUUGUUAAUGAAUUAUUUUGGUUGCAAAGUCUGCAUGAAGUACAGAGUUUAUCACAAGUUUACUCUGUUUUAUUGUGCUGUGUCAACUGGACCGAAUCAUAUUCAAAACAUUCACUGAAGUCAUUUCAAGAAUUGACAAUCUUUUGCCAGACUUGCUAAAGUAUGUGCCUAAUGCUAAAGUGAUGCUUUCAAUUCGCUGUUGUUUCUUUUUCCUUUUGACCCACAAUUCCUUUGUGCUAUCUUAUGCAAUAUUUCAGCUCAGAAUAACCAACUGCCAAAUGAAUCCGCUAUCCGAGUGCCAAACGUUAAUGGGUCGUGUGGAGAAGUCGAGCCUGUAAAUUGUCAUGUUGUUGUUUCAGGAGCGAGUUGGUGUUCUUUACAGCACUCACUGACCUGUGUAUAUUUUUAUGAGAAGAAUAUUGCUAUUUUAUUGUUUUAAUAAAUGUUUGUAAAGUGGAAGAGAGCAAGAGAGAGAGAGUUGCACAGAAAUCCAGUUGACUAAUAUAUAUUUUGUGCAUAAAUGCAUUCCCUGAAUAAAGUACACAUUUGCUUGAUA